CAAAGCCGAUCAGGCUGAAGGAAAACACUGGAGCAUUCACAGAGUCACCAGAGAGCGCAGUAUCUUUACGCACCCACACAGGAAGUAGAUGCAUUACGUCACUACCUGGUAUAUCUGACUGGUUUGGUUUACCAGCUUGAAGUGUUACAGAAAUGCAAUGAUUAAUCCGUAGGAAGAGGAACACGAAUACAUUCUGUGAAAUGUUGCAAUCUUUUCUGACGCACUGACGCGUAAACGUCGGUUUGUGGGACAAAAAAAUAAAAGGAUUUCCGGUCACAUCACAUCACAUUAGUCCAGUGCUAAAGCACUGAGUGACUGAGGAUAAUACAGGAAGAGACGGUUCUUUUUACACCACCAGGAAGACAUGAAAAGUGAAUAUCAACAGAUAGAUCCUCAUGCGCUCGCGACACCGGCACCUGGACACACAGCAGCUCCUUCGCGUCCUUGCCAAGAACAGAAGCCCACGCGCAUCAAGAGGAAAUGGGAAGUGUUUCCGGGAAUGAAUCGAUUUUACUGUGAUGGUCGGAUAAUGGUGGCACGUCAAAGCGGUGUUCUACCUCUCACCAUGGGGCUCAUCCUCAUCACCAGUGGCUUAUUCUUCGUUUUUGAUUGUCCCUUCCUGGUCAAACACUUGACAGGCUGCAUCCCAGUGAUUGGAGGAGUCCUUUUUGUCUUUGUAGUCAUCUCUCUUCUUCAGACCAGCUUCUCAGACCCUGGCAUUCUUCCGAGGGCGACACCUGAGGAAGCAGCCGACAUCGAGAAACAGAUUGAUAACCCCAACGGUUGUACCUCAUCCUAUCGGCCCCCUCCUCGCACCAAGGAGGUCGUUAUCAACCAGCAGGUCGUUAAGCUAAAGUACUGCUUCACCUGCAAGAUCUUCCGGCCGCCACGCACCUCCCACUGCAGCUUAUGUGACAACUGUGUGGAGCGGUUUGAUCACCAUUGCCCCUGGGUAGGAAACUGUGUGGGAAAGCGCAACUAUCGCUUCUUCUACAUGUUCAUCGUCUCGCUGUCCUUUCACACCGCCUUCAUCUUCGGCUGUGUGACCACGCACCUGGCUCUGAGGUCACAAGAUGGAAGAGGAUUGGUGUUUGCUCUCAAGGCGAGUCCUGCCAGUGCUUUAGAGCUGGUGGUUUGCUUCUUCUCGGUUUGGUCUAUUUUAGGCCUCUCAGGAUUCCACACUUACCUGGUUGCUGCUAAUCUCACCACGAACGAGGAUAUAAAAGGUUCCUGGUCAGGGAAGAACGGGAACGAGGAAACUGGGAAUCCUUAUAGUUCUAACAACAUUUUGAAAAACUGCUGCUCAGUGCUGUGUGGGCCGAUGCCUCCCAGUUUGAUAGAUAGAAGAGGCUUAGUGCCGCAGGAGGACGUUGCCCAUGCUGGUCCCACAGAGCUCGGGUUUCCUGCUGCAAAGAACGACAUCAACAUGGAUACUAAUGGCAUUUUGGAUACAGCGACAUGCUCUCCUCACGAAUCCAGCCCUUGUCCUCAAAGCAAGUCUCAAACCUUAGCCACUCUACCCACCAUCUCUCCUGCUUCAGGUCCUUCUCCUGUGAAGCCCAAAAUCUCAAAAGCCUGGAAGACACCAUCCCACAGACAUCAUCACAAGGGAAAGCGGAGCAGCUCACAAUCUCUUAACCAAAUCAAUACUUCCAGUUCUAGCAGCAGGACUCAAGCACAUGUGUAGCUUGAGACCAGUGAAAGAUUUAAAGACCUGAGAUUCAAAAUACACUUUUUACAGCACCGAUCACCUGCUUAAAGAAUACAAAAAAGAAACUGAUGAUUCUUUACAGAGCAAUUGUUAAGAACAAAAAUGGAGAGAUCACUGGAAAAAAAACACACAACGUCCUGAAGGCUGUUAGAAAACCUGCAGGUCAGUUGUUUUCACUUAGAUCACCAAAUAUAAGGGCUGCUCUUUAAUAAUGGGAAUAUUGAAUUGUCCAAAUAUAUAGAUAUAAUCAUCUACUUGAAAUAGUCUGGCUCGUUCAUCAAGAUCUGAUUUUUUCUGUGCUCUUUAUUGACUGGGAACGAGAGAAUAACUUCGGAAAGUCACACAAGCAAGUGGUUUAAGUAGUUCAAGUCAAGAGAACACUAAUGCUAGGCUACUCGGAAAUAUGGACGCAGUAUAAACUGAUUGUAAUGUCUGAGGCUAACGAUUUAGCUAGCUAGCACGUAGCUAUGCAGUCUCCAACACAAUCUACAGAUUGAAAACAAGACUGAACAGUCAGGAAUAUCAACUCUUACCUCAGAUGUGCUCACGAAUCACACCUGCUAACCAACCUAGCAUGGAUGCCGCCAUGUUGAGAAACAUCAGCACUAUGACUAUAAACGUUCAAAAGCAGUGGAUCAAACGCCAUGUAUUCCAUCAGAUCUGCUGUUUGAGUUCAUAUGUUGUGUGUCACAAAAAGAGCAGCGAAUCAAUAUGCAAUUGGAAAUUGAUUUAAACAGCAAUAAUUUAUCAUGAAUAUAUUUGUUGUGUAUGAUGAAUGAACUCUGGGAUCCAUUUAUCUGGCCUUCGAGGCUACAUUAUUGAGGUGCACUAAGACCAGCCUUCUUUAUGCAAAUGACUGUGCAUGCUGGAAAAAAUAUUGUUUGCAUUUUGUUGCCUAUCAUGGUUUAAAAAACAAAGGUUGUAGUCUCCCUUAUUCCCUAAUCACUAUGUAGUCACACAAUGGAUCUUAAAGUUACUUAUUAUUAGCAAGUCAUGUGAUUUCUUAUCUUCAUCUUAUUUUACUUGAGUUGGUCAUGUUCGAUCCAAUGUUUGAUGUUCUUGGUGUUUUCAGGACAAAAAUAUAUUUCUAGGAUAUGGACCUGUAUGGAUAUGAAAAUAUGGUGUGGAUGAAAUCCAGAUAUGGUUCAUGAAUAUGCAAAUUUAGUAGGGAAAAUAUGAGUACGGAACAAUCAUGCUUAACUGCU